UUGAAUGCACAGGUUGACUGCUAAGGAGGCACGUUCUUUCAUUCUGAGGUACCUGACAGAGCAUCCAAACCCAAACCAUGAAAACAUUGUUGGCUACAAUAACAAGAAGUGUUGGCCACGAGAUGCCAGAAUGAGGCUUGUGAAGCAUGAUGUGAAUCUUGGCCGUGCUGUGUUCUUGUACAUCAAGAACAGACUUCCACAUUCCACAACUAUUCAGUGGGAAAACAGCUUUGUCAGCGUCUACUCUAAGGACAAUCCAAAUUUACUGUUCAACAUGAGCGGAUUUGAAUGCCGCAUUCUUCCCAAGUGUCGAACUACUCAUGAGGAAUUCACACGUCGGGAUGGUGCGUGGAAUCUCGAGAAUGAAUCGAAAGAGAGAACAGCCCAGUGUUUCAUACGUGUUGAUGAAGAAUCCAUGCAGCAUUUCCACAACAGAGUUCAGCAUAUUCUCAUGGCUAGUGAUUCAGUGACAUUCACAGAGGUGGGUAAAUGCUAGUUUGUAAUCUUCUUC